AUCUGGUUUUGCACCCCUCAAAAAUGAUAGCAAUCUCUGCUGUCAGUCGUGCUCUCCUGUUGUCCCUGCUCUGUGAAGCAAGUGCAGUCGUCUUACUCAACUCCACUGACUCAUCUCCGCCAACCAAUAAUUUCACUGAUACUGAAGCCGCUCUGAGCGCACCACUAGACUCUGCGGAUAUUCCCAAAGCCAGGCGGAAGCGCUACAUUUCGCAGAACGACAUGAUCGCCAUUCUUGAUUAUCAUAAUCAAGUUCGGGGUAAAGUGUUUCCACCAGCAGCAAACAUGGAAUACAUGGUCUGGGAUGAAAAUCUUGCAAAAUCUGCUGAAGCUUGGGCUGCUACUUGCAUUUGGGACCAUGGACCCUCUUACUUGCUGAGAUUUUUGGGCCAAAAUCUGUCUGUGCGAACUGGAAGAUACCGCUCCAUCCUUCAGUUGGUAAAGCCAUGGUAUGACGAAGUGAAAGAUUAUGCCUUUCCCUACCCUCAGGAUUGCAACCCCAGGUGUCCCAUGAGAUGUUUUGGUCCUAUGUGUACACAUUAUACACAGAUGGUUUGGGCCACUUCUAAUCGGAUAGGAUGUGCAAUCCAUACUUGCCAAAACAUGAAUGUCUGGGGAUCAGUAUGGAGACGUGCAGUAUACUUGGUGUGCAACUAUGCCCCAAAAGGCAAUUGGAUUGGAGAAGCACCAUAUAAAGUGGGAGUGCCAUGUUCAUCUUGUCCACCCAGCUAUGGGGGAACCUGUACUGACAAUAUGUGCUUUCCAGGAGUAACGACAAACUACCUGUACUGGUUUAAAUAAGCUUAUCCUUUUCUCCAGAAACCUACCAUGUUGCUGAGAAUCAUAGGC